AAUAAAAUUGUCAACUUUGCAUUAACAAACCUUUUGAUUUCAAUUGAUGCGUAUGGGUUGUCUGGAUUGUUGACUAGCAUGCGUUUGUUGGGAUUAACCAACUGGGUCGCUCUUAUCUUUCUUGGUAUUGCUUUCUUGUACUUCUACGGAAACCCAUCUUCUCAUCCUUCUUCGAGUAUGGCUGAAGAUUCAUCCAAAUCCAUAUACGAUUUUACGGUCAAGGAUAUCCGUGGAAAUGAUGUUAGUCUGAGUGAAUACAGUGGGAAGGUUCUCCUGGUUGUCAACGUUGCUUCAAAAUGUGGUUUAACACAAGCAAACUACAAGGAAUUGAAUGUUUUGUAUGAAAAGUACAAAAGCCAAGGGUUUGAGAUCUUGGCAUUUCCUUGCAACCAGUUUGCAGGACAAGAACCAGGAAACAAUGAAGAGAUUCAGGAAGUUGUGUGCACAAUGUUUAAAGCUGAAUUUCCAAUUUUCGAUAAGAUUGAGGUGAAUGGGAAGAAUGCAGCACCCAUUUACAAGUUCCUCAAAUCACAGAAAGGGGGAAUAUUUGGAGAUGGCAUAAAAUGGAACUUCACAAAGUUUCUAGUCAACAAAGAAGGAAAGGUUGUAGAGAGAUAUGCACCAACCACAUCACCUCUUAAAAUUGAGAAAGACAUCCAGAAUCUAUUGGAAUCAUCUUAAGUACCAAGGACAUGGAUAUAUCGACUCUGGGAAUUCCUUGGAGUACUUGCGUAGAAGACUGCAAUAUACUUGUGAUUUGUGAAGUUAAAUAAUGUGAUUAUAGAAUAUGCACUUGAUUAAUCAACUGAAAGUCUUUCUUAACUUAAUCUUCAUGGUGAUAUUUGUAUUUUUUUUA